AACAUUUUAUAUGUAAAGUGCCAAGAAUCCAAUAUGUCGAAACAUAUUUCCUUCGAUUACUUUCAUAUUUUGUGCUCGUACUUAUUUCUAGUAACAUCAUUGGUAUUGUUCGAUGUGGCAUUUACAUGUCCCAAGAAAUCUUCACCGAAACCACCGGCAGAUCCCGAAAGGAUAUUUAUAGCAGCACCAAAGUCGAUUCGUCUUGAUACAAAUCAAGGAAUUGCUAUUAUUGGAACUGAAGAUGAAGAACUAACGAUCUCUUUGAAAGAUUAUUCUGGAGAGACGACAGUUUUUUACUACUCCAGCGUUAGUCUUCAGAAAGGCAUUCCAGCAGUUGUAAAUAUGUUUAUAUCUUCCGUCUACUUUCAAGAAAUUGAUUUUAAAAAUAGCAACGUUGACUUAUACGUAGCUCUCGUGGUAGAAAGUAAGAACUUCAAGAAAAGUUUUAAAUUGAAAGUACUUUACGAAAGCGGUUAUUUAUUCAUCCAAACUGAUAAACCGAUAUACAAUCCUGAACAAGAAGUUAAAAUUCGUGUAAUACCAUUAAAUGAAGAUUUGUUACAAAAGAAUACUCCAGUUCGUGUCCGGAUUAGGAAUCCUCAGAGCGUUAUCGUUCACGAAAAAGUCUUUCCUCAACCAUGGAAAACUAAUAAUACAGAGUUUCCAACAUUGAAUUACAAAUUUCCUCCUUAUCCACUGUUAGGAAGUUGGUCAGUUAGUGCAGAUUAUGGAAUCAAUCAACGUACUUCUGUUUCCUUUAUCGUUGAAGAAUAUGUUUUGCCAGCUUACAGAGUUCAAAUUAAAGCUCCUAGCUUUAUUUUGCCUAAACCUGAUACAAUAUACAUUAAGGUUCUUGCAGAAUAUUAUUAUGGAAAGAAAGUUAAUGGAAUGGCUUCAUAUAAGAUCAGCAUACAGAGAAGUGCAUCAGAACAUAUAAGUGAAUUAUUAAAUAUUAAUAAAACUGUAGAAAACGGAGAGUCAUUGUUAUCUUUUAAUUUAACUGAUGUUGUAAACCUUAAUGAUUUUCCGUAUGACAGUACACUGCUUGUCGAUGUUUCUGUUACAGACAAUGUUACAGGAAACGUUGUGCAAUCCGUUGACAAGCAUUGUAAAUUUAUAAAAUCUCCAUACUCAAUAUCACUUAAAGAAACGAUCAAUGACUUUAAGCGGAAUGUGAAAACUGCUAUAGUGGCCGAUGUCACUUAUCCAGAUGGGAAACCAGCAACAAACAUCCUUACAUCCAUAACAGCUAAAACUGAUAGAGGUGAAGAGAUACGUGUUUACGAUUCCAAGCGUAGAACUGAUGAAGAAGGACGUGUUAUAUAUUUUCUGUAUCCUCCAGCAAAUUCUGAUAGCUUUUUUGUUACCGUUUCCACCAAUGAUGAGUCAUAUACAUUCAAAGAACAGGCUUCAAAGAGUCUUACAGUUUAUAAAUACGAAUCUGAUUCUUAUAUUGCAAUAUCGAGAACUGAAACAGCGAGAAAGCUGAAAGUUGGCGAAACAUUUGCAGCAUCGGUAUUCACUCAUCCAAAUGAUAAAUUUGACAAUUUCUUUUUCGUAGUGAUGUCUCGGGGAAAAAUAGAGUUAUUCAGAAAUAUUCCAAAACGCGAGUCGGCAAAUAUACAAUUGGAAUUUGUAGUUACAGCAGAAAUGGCACCUGUCUUGAGAAUCGUAGUAUUUUCUUUACAAGAAAACAAAGAACUUCUGAUCGACUCUCUUCGAAUGUAUGUGGAAAAUGCUUGCAAUCCCAAAAGCCAGGUGUCAGUAGAAACAAACUUUCCAGCAUUGGAACCAGGCAAGAAAGGAACGUUUAUACUAAAAGGAGAACCUACAACUAAAAUUGGAAUGUUAGCUGUAGAUAAAGCAGUGUACGGAUUGAAAAAUAAUGAGAGAUUAACGAAAGAAAAAAUUUUUAAAAGUAUUUCGACUCGUGAUUUGGGAUUUAGUCCAGGUGGUGGAAUAAAUCCAUCAUCUGUAUUAUCCAGAACAGGAAUAACAAUUUUUGUAAUUUAUGAUAAAAGAUACAACAAAAGAGAAAACAACGGCGGAAGAGGAAAUCGUACGUAUAUAAAAUUUAUUUUCUCAAUGAUAAUUGGUUCAUGA